AUGAGUCGUGUCAUCAAAGGCUACUUUGUUGAUGGUUCAUUAGAAGAUACAGCCCCUUUCGGAGACAAGUUUGACUCUACAGCUGAUGGUUCAUUAGAAGAUACAGCCCCUUUCGGAGACAAGUUCGACUCUACAGCUGAUGGUUCAUUAGAAGAUACAGCCCCUUUCGGAGACAAGUUCGACUCUACAGUUGAUGGUUCAUUAGAAGAUACAGCCCCUUUCGGAGACAAGUUUGACUCUACAGUUGAUGGUUCAUUAGAAGAUACAGCCCCUUUCGGAGACAAGUUUGACUCUACAGUUGAUGGUUCAUUAGAAGAUACAGCCCCUUUCGGAGACAAGUUUUACUCUACAGUUGAUGGUUCAUUAGAAGAUACAGCCCCUUUCGGAGACAAGUUUGACUCUACAGUUGAUGUUGAUGGUUCAUUAGAAGAUACAGCCCCUUUCGGAGACAAGUUUGACUCUACAGUUGAUGGUUCAUUAGAAGAUACAGCCCCUUUCGGAGACAAGUUUGACUCUACAGCUGAUGGUUCAUUAGAAGAUACAGCCCCUUUCGGAGACAAGUUUGACUCUACAGUUGAUGGUUCAUUAGAAGAUACAGCCCCUUUCGGAGACAAGUUUGACUCUACAGUUGAUGGUUCAUUAGAAGAUACAGCCCCUUUGAGACAAGCUUGA